AUGCCUGGUAUGCGGCUGGACUUUUUGAAAAACUCCUCCCAGAGAGCUGCGACUGGAAAGUCGAUGCCGCUGAAACAGGUGGAGGCGGUCCUCUUAUACGGUAAACCGGAGCAGCGUGCCAAGGUGGUGCAAAAGAUCCUGCCCAACACCUACUCGCUUUGUUUGAGCAAGGCGUCCCACCACCUGCUGCUUACUCUUCUUACGAAGUCUGACGGACUGAUACGGGUGCAGAUGCUCUAUCAUGUACGUCGGAAGAUUAUAGAUCUCUCCUUGUCCCCCGUUGGCAACCUCAUUGUCCAGGAGAUGCUGGUGCGGCUUCCUGUUCAGCAAAAACGGGAGAUUGCGGAAAUGUUUGUGCUUAACGCCGAAGGUGACGAGUUCAGGCGUCUCUGUGAACAUCCCUUUGGGAAUCAUGUGGCGCAGAAAAUCAUGGAGCACACCGCUUCUCGAGAGGUGGUAGAGGAGCGUUUUUUGCCGUAUAUUCCGUCGCUGGCCGUACAUCCCUAUGGGCAACGUGUGGUUGUGAAGUUCAUGGAAUCCACUGAAGAGGGAUGGCGGUCCGUUUCGAAGGCCCUUUUUGCCACUGAUGAGGAGCUUGACGUGAAGGAGGAGAUGAUCAGCACGCUUUUCUGCCCCGCCGAAGACAACAUGACGGUGUCUGCGCUUCUAAAGCAUCCGUUAGUUCCUACGACAGUCAAGGAUGCGAUUUGCGCCCACCUUUGCGAGUUUGCGGCUGAGUACUUGCAGCCGAGAGAGGAGUCAUCGGCUGCUACCGCCACGCCCCAAGCGGGGGAAGACGAGUUUGCCCUGCCCGACUUUGGGAACGCGGCACCAAGAAACAACGUUCACGCCGUCAAGCGUGAGUGUCCACACCACUAUCACGCUUACGUGACUGUCUUUGAGCAUGGUGAUCUUGCGCAAAAGAGGGAGUUAUGGGAAAGUUUACUAGCCGCCCCUGGUCUCAUUGAACGCAUUGUGUCACACAAGACAGCCGUUGCUAUAGCAGUUGCAGCACUCAAGACACUCCCAGAAAGCCAGGAGCGCCUUUGGACUGCGGCAACGGCGACAGAAACAGUGGCUUCAAAUGGGUCGGGGCUUGACAUACUCGACGUGGCACGGGACCCGGCGCGCACCAUGCUGCUUCGUGCGAUGAUAGAGGUUCAUGGGUCCUCACUCACAGCAGACCAUAAGAAACGCCUGGCAGAGGCUGCUCUUGAGCUUUCACAGAACCCUGUCUCCUCACCCGUGCUACAAAAGUUGCUGGAGUGCUUCCCUGAGGAUGUGACCAUCAUGCGGUUGAUGCUGGAAAACAUUAGAGGGGAAUUGAGACAGUUGGUGACGCACAACGCUGCUUCCUAUCUUAUUCAGGCAAUGCUGCAGUACGGUGCUUCCGGCGCGGUGCGUGAGGAGCUUGUGAACGCGCUUCUUGAAGUUUUUUCGGACAUACGUGGGAUGCUCUCUUUCGCACAGGGGACGCGUGUAAUGCAGAAACUUGUUGCUUACGCCUCGGACGAGGUUGUUGUGACUGUUGUCAAUGCCUUGUUGCGCGAAGCAGAGGAGGAAAGAAACAGGGAAAACGCAAUCGAUGAAGCGGAGAAUGUGGAAGAGGAACAGGAAGGCAAAGAGACCGAUGAAGAUGCUGAUGGGGACGGGGAUGAGAACGCCGCCGCCGCCACGGCGAGGCCCUCUCGUCGAGAACAACGCGAAAUAAAUCGCAAAAAACAUUACGAGGUUACCUCUAGGGCUAUAGUCUCGUACGCUCUCCACAACCACGCGUGCUUUGUCAUUCAGGCACUCCUUCGCGAGUGUCGUGGCCGUCAGUUGGAGACUCAGCGCAAGCAGCUGAUGAAUGAACUGAAACCAUUCGUCUUUGAGCUGGCCAUCUCGCCGUGGGCCGGUCGCAUCGUGCUUGAAACAAUGCUCCAAAGCGGAAGUGCAAAGUUGGGCGAAGUCAUGAAGAAUGUCGCCUUUUUGAAGGCCGAGGCGUGGCUCUCCGACGUUCCUGAGAGGAGUAAAUGCACCGGCAGUGGACUGGAUCCCACCAUGCGACAGGCGCUACGACGACACCGCGAGGAAGCCGAGGGUGAGAAACAAGAAGCGGGUGCCGAGGCCGGCACCAAGGCGCCAUCGCGUAAGAAGUUGUACCGCACCCUGAAGAAGUGA